GCCCCUGUUGCAUGUCUGUAUCCGGUAUUUAUUAGUCUUUUAAGCUAUGUCAGAUCAGUCCUACAAACUUUUCAAAUAUUGAGCGCGCAUUUUACUCACGAUCCAGCCUCGUUCACUCUCGCGUGAUCAUAAAUCUGUGGUUACAAGAAAACAAUAUGGAGGUCGCCACCGGGGGAAGUGGAAAGUUCAAUAUGUUUACUCACUGCAAAUAAACAGCGUCAUGGCCUGAAAUCACAACAAAAGAGUCGAGGAUGGCUACUUAGCACAGAGAUCGUAUCCCUGACUUAAACAUCAGUUAUCAAGUCGGGAUUUACACGAUAAAACAUGAGAAUGGCGUGUAACUGGUGCAAAGAGGACUAUUUUUCCUUAUUAAUCUCGACAGACAAAAAAGCACAUGCUGCAUUGGAAAUGCUCGUUGACGAUCUCCAUGCGGAUAAGGAAGCCACCAUUGGGACGUUUCUAAGUCAUUCUGGUGCUGAGGAUUUCCUUUGGGGUCUUGUACGACUCCUAGGAUGUGACAAUCCAAGGGUGGCAGGUAACUCGGCCUACAUCAUCGGGACAUUGGCUGAAUCUGACCUGGGAUGUAGUCGGAUCUUAGGCCUUGCCAAGGGGAAACAUGGAGAAAGUCGUAAGAUCCUCCCCGACCUCACACGCAUGCUGGCAUUCGAUGAUGCAGAAAGUGUGAUGAAUGCUGCUGGCACCAUGGGCACUCUGGCGGAGAGUUUCGAGGGUCGAGAGUGGAUGCUCAGUGAACCAUGUCUAGGUCAGACGUUGGACCAUGUGACUACACUUCUCUCAGCCGAGAACCUGUGGACUGCCAGCAAUGCUGCUCUAGUUCUUGCCAGAUUGAGUAUUUCUGAAAAUGGAUGCCUGAAAGUAUUAGGUCAUGAUCAUUCCCACCACAUAUUGUCCCGACUGGUCCAGUCUCUGGGAGUGGACGAGGCAGCAUCAGGUCGUGGAAUGAAUGCUGCAUUUGCCAUUGGGAGAUUGUGUGACAUUGAGGCGGGGAGAAAAAGAUUAUUACAACUGACAGAGUCGGAGAGAAUGCUCUCAGCAUUAGCAAAAAUGUUGAGUUGUGAUGACACUGGAUCCAGUAAAAAUGCCUGCUUUGCCCUCAGUUGCCUGGCAACCAAUGUUGAAGGUCACACACGUCUCCUCAACAACCUUCAUUCUGAUGACAUCCUGCGCACGCUGGCCAACCUCCUCACGGCGGAGGACACAGAAACUGGAUGGUUUGCUGCCAUGACCCUGAGGACGCUGGCCAGUCAGCCCCGUGGAUGUUUGAGACUGAGGGAUCACAGUCAAGUCAUUCCCGCCCUAAAGGCCGUGGUAAGUCGUGAUGAUGCCAACACAGAUCUGAAAGAAGAAUCCAGCAUUACCCUAGAAAUCCUCAAAAAACUGUCCAAACCAAAUCCACCUCAUCUACAAAUCGUUAAUAAUGGAACAACUGUGAGAGCAUCAUGGGACCCAAUCUCUACAAAAAGUGGAUUUCAAGUCCGCUAUCAGUUAUUUGAUACUACCAAAUGCAUUUUCACUGGUAAGGAACUGGAAUUUGACAUUUCUGGUCUACAACCCUGUACUCAGUACUCCUACAAACUCCGAGCUUACACAGAGGGUGAUGAAAGUCCGUUCAGCGACUUCGCAGUCAUUGUCACAGAGGAGUCGGUUCCAAGUGCUCCACAGAACUUACGGGUAUUAGGAUGUACAAUAACUCAGCUUAAGAUUGGCUGGGACCCUCCUGACCACCCCAACGGGGUCCUAAAGGGCUACACAGUCUACCAAGGUGACAGAGUGGUAGAGAACACUACAGAACUGGUGUGUAUCAUCUCAGGGCUACAGGCCAGCACUUCAUACGAUAUAGAGGUUUGUGCUGCCACAGCCAGAGGUAAAGGGGACAAAGCCUGCUUGGUAGGAACAACUUCAGAACUAGGUGCUCAUGCUCCAUCCAAGCCUCACGUCCAGGUGAUCGGACGUAAUGAGAUCCACAUCACCUGGGACCCCCCAGAGGUCCCUCUGGGGAGGAUUACACGGUACGACCUCAUCAUGAAUUCACAAUGUAUCUACUCCGGUACUGACCUCAGCUUCACCGCCCGACGACUUACUCCGGACACAGAGUAUGCCAUCACGGUGACAGCACUAACCAAUGAAGGAAAGUUUGUAAGCAAAGUAACAAAGAAAAGGACGUCCAAGGAUGAAUAUGACUCUAACCGUCCACCACUGUACCAAACACCUCAGGCGCGGCGAGAAAGCACUGUGUUAGAGGAAAAACCACCUGCUGCUGUUCAGGCCCGAAAGAAAAAAUCAGUAACAGGGACAGAGAUCAGGUCCAGGGCUGUCAGUGCUAAGAGGUCCAAUACCCCUGGUAAAGAACGAACAAAAACACCUGGAGACUCUCGCGAGUCCCAAACUCGGCCAAGUUCAGACUCGUCUGCAAUACUUAAGAUGAGCCAGAGGAAGUCUGCUAGCAGUGUUUCUUCAGUAGCUAUCCAGUCUGUAGAAACGAAGGCCACACAUAUGGAACCUGAACCUGACAAAGAAAGUCAAAGACAUAACUACCACGUUGGCUUGAGACUUCGAGAAGUAAGUUCUCCCCAGAAGACGGUACCACAGGAAGUUCCCAAGAAAGAGAUGGUUCAUCGGUCGCGGUCACAAAAUAAUCCUGUCCAGGUCAAGGAAGCGUUCCAAAGUAGACCACCUCCACAAAAAGUGGAGAAGCCACAGAACAUCGGUAAGAUGUUCCCGGUAACAAUGAGUUACGUCUCAAUUCAGGGAAAUCAAAAUGGCUCAGGUGACGAACCUAGUGCGAUUGCACCAGACCCACAACAACAGAUGAAGAAGGCUUUUGCCAGAUCUGGAACGUUUGUUGAAAGUAACAAUAGCAUACCAGUGAUUCCUCCUGGACUGAAGAUGGAGCGUUCACGAACCAUAAUAAAUAAUAAUCGACGAGAUUUUCGUCAUCGUGGGGUAAAAAUCACAAUAGAUCCAAGUAUCUAUACUAACCAUACUCCAAAUACUCAGAACAGUAGAGGACCACCAGAUCUUACCCCUAGUGCUGUGGGUAUAGAUAGGCAUGUCUCAAAGAGAAACUCCAACCUCAGCAGUGCCGGUACAGUCCGGACAUUAGUAAAUGAUUUAAACUCUGUGCGACCUCCGUCCAAUAGAAGUCAAGGAAGUUCUAACAAUGAACCCAAGUCGGCGAAUAAAACUCACUGUGAUACUCAUGGGGAAGUAAAACAUAUCAAGAAUUCGGUGACAUUCGCUCCCACUGAGUCUAACAGGCCGCCGACAAAAAGUGCAGUAUCUAAUAAUGGCCAUGAGCCACGGGUAGCGACAGGAGAAAGACCUGUGACAUACCCAGACAGGAAGAGAGGACUCAGAGAAAAUGCUCUACCCAAGCCGGAGCUUCCCAGUCAGCAGUACCUAGAGGGAACCCAGAGCUCCAGUCCCUGGGGUUCUCGUUCCCUUAACAGUCCGAGGAACUCCCAGGAUCUUGGUAGAUACAAAUGCGACAAUGCUGAUAUUGAUGCGCUGACUAAACGCCUGUUAGAGCAGGGGAGUAAUAAGGACGCCCAGUCCACAUAUCUAUCCCAAACGGGCCAUCCCAGUGAUAGCUCGUACUUCCUAGAUAUGCAACAAGUGUUCGUACAGAGGGCCAAUAGUUACAUUAGCAGUCACAGACCACAUGUAAGCAAACACCGUAUGUCUGACAGGCGUGCAGGUGACGGUGGUUUGUCGGGGAACCCAAUAAAUCUAGGUGCCGACUUACUAGACAAUAAAUCGCCCAUGGUACAAUGGAAUACCAAAUUUAUCCCGAUGCAGCUGCGGACACAACCUUCUAACUUAGCACCAACUCAGCUCCAGAGAGUCAACACGACACUGUUGGGCGAUCCCAAAGACCGAAUUGCGUCAAAAGGUAUACAAUUUAAGCGUAUUGAGGCGCUGACGAGAAGUCAGACACUGGUGGACAUGCGUCAACAAAUGGGCGUGUCCCCUGGGAAUAAUGCUCACUCUCUGACUCUCGGUGAGCAGGCGGAGAUGUACCCCAUCUCCGCUCUACCCACCCACAGAAGUUCGGCACGAGACAGGGCUUCCACGUUUAGAAAAAAUCCUCGAAGCCAACAGAGGCUAGCUAGAUCACCGUCAGCUCGCCACAAGGAGCCGGACUCGCUUCUCCUUCAGCAGUCUUGGUCAAGCAGUGCUGCAAUGGAGAGCGCCAGAUGACGUAUUUUCACCGUUGGAAUUCAGCAAUAAAAAUAUUAAAAUGACAAGUCCAGCAUUAUUGUCCUAGAUGUCCGCCGAUGAAGACCAUCAUUGACGUAAUUGAACCAAUACUCUCCAAGCUAUUCACCAGAUGACGUACUUUUAAUACCACGUUCCCAACAAGACAAAAGGAACAGGCAUAUAACUAGGUUUAUCUAGUAAGCACUGCCUUGACUGUUCUCCAUUGCAUUGCUGCCAUCGUUAUAGUUGCAGCAAUGAUUCUAAGGAGAAUAACAGACGGAGGCAACACAUCUUACAGUGACGUAAUUAGAACGUCACCAGAUAGACAACACAUCUUACAGUGACGUAAUUAGAGCGUCACCGAAAUAGUCAGGUGACAAAGUGUUCCUCAGUCUAUAUUGAAGUUAACUAUUUUGUAAACAGUUGAUUGGAUAUCUCAUUUUGUCAAUAGAAAAUCGUAUCAGUAUAUAUAUAAGAACGUGACAAUAAAGAUGGCGUUUGGUUCAAUUAUCCUUUAACAUCAGCUUCCAAAUAACUAAAGAAACGACUGCUCUUGGUUUGAGGAAUUUGAAAUAGAAAAUAAAACCACCAAGCAGAAAAGAAAUUUAUUAUGGUAUUAUUACCUCAAAGCUGACAAUGCAAGUUGGAAAACUGUUAUAAUUGAUAAAAAAACCGAAUUAGAGUUUUCAAAUGAGAUGUCCCUCUACAACCACUCUCUGAGAUACCACGACCGGAAGAUUUUAAUAAUAUAAGGCAUCCUCAAAACAUUGAGAUAGUUGCAAAUAUUGAUUUUAUUCUCAAAGUAAAAACUAUUUACCUUACAAUGUUAGCUUUACUGAAUUCCACGUAACGUCGAUUCCUAUUACUUUUAUUUUAUUUCCUAUGCAUCUAGUGAUUUUGAGAUAACAAAAGAUGUAAAAACUGCAAGAAGAACUUAAGUGCUCGGAUAAACGUUGUUAAAAGAUUUAUGAAUUUGUAAAUUAAGAACAACUUUUAUGAUUUAUUGUUUUAUAUUAUCUUGAUGUUUAUUAUAUUGUACACUUGUUUUGUUUCAUGCGAAUGUUGCAAUUUAGUUUAAUGAUGGGCAGAAUAAUAGACGGAACGAAAGAGUGGAAUACUUCUAAUGGAAUUGAAAUGAUUGUCAUAAUCAGACAAAUCAACAUAUCUCACCGACGGUAUCGAUAUGUCAUUGCCUUGUAAGCAAACAUGGUAUGUUCUGAAUUUAAUUAGAAAUAUUACCGUGAAACCUGACUUGACUGUGGAACUAUCGUGGCCACAAAAGACUUAUAUCUCUUUGCCAUAGCAUUGCCUUUAUUGAUUGUCACAUCCGACUAAGUGAUCCGGAAAAUGUUUCUAUCGUUAAAAGCAGGUUUUGCUAACUUAUUCAUUUAGCCAGAUAAACACAGCAAUUGUAUAAAGUGUAGAAGUUUAUUGUACCAUGUCCUAUUGUCCAGUUUGGAAGGUCAUUAUUUGCUGCUUGGGACAGAUGUAAAAUCGUUUGUUUUUGAACAUGCGCCUACACACAAUACGUACGCCUGCUCUGUCAGCCAUUUCCCACCCUUUAACAUGAUUUACUACAUAUGGACAUGAUUUCGACACGUAGACACGUACACUGUAAUUCAUAUAAAUUCUUGGGGGAAGUGUUUUAACACUCGCUAGUGCUUGUAUUAUAAUUGGAUAUGAACAUUUCCCAUCUUCUGUGAAACCCGAACAUUUUAGUAACAUGGAUUACAUUCACUUUAUAGCGAAGGUAUGUAAUUCUUUGUAAAACGUUAUAUAUCUUUAAUAAUAAUAAUAUCAGCAUUAAACAUCAAACUAGCUCAUUCAAUGUUUACCAUACAAUUUGUUUUUUUACUUUUAAAGCCAAAUCUUAAAUCUAUAGAACUUUGCAUUGCUGCCUAUAAUGCCUUACGCAUUGGUGAUGAGCUUAUAAAAGUUAUUGGUGUUGUUUUGUGGCUGUAUUGUAACAUAUAAAUGCGAUCAUUAUGAAUUGCGGAUAUAGAACUCUUGGUGAAAAAUGUUUUUAUUAUAUAACAUUCUGAAAUGAAAUAUAUGCAUUUAUAAUCGUGUAGAUGAUUGAUAUGUUAUCAUGUAGGUUAAUUAUUACGUUUCCUAUAGUAUUGGUGUUCCGUGUAGCUAGUCUUAUGAUCUCAAUAAUUAAUAGUUUUAGAAUUGUGCACCUUGGGGUCAUAUAUAUGUUUAUGUCUUGGACUUUUGAUAAUGAUACACUUUAAAAUGGUGUACCACAUGAUUGCCUGAGUUUAGUUUUAAAAUGUUGUACCACGUGGUCGGCUGAUAAAGUUUAGAAUGGUGUACCACGUGGUUGUCCGAUAUAGUUUUAGAAUGGUGUACCACGUGGUUGUCCGAUAUAGUUUUAGAAUGGUGUACCACGUGGUCGGCCGAUAUAGUUUUAGAAUAUAUAGUUUUAGAAUGGUGUACCACGUGGUCGGCUGAUAAAGUUUAGAAUGGUGUAACACGUGGUCGGCUGAUAAAGUUUAGAAUUGUGUACCACGUGGUCGGCUGAUAAAGUUUAAAAUGGUGUACCACGUGGUCGGCUGAUAAAGUUCAGAGUGGUGUACCAUGUGGACUUGUUAACGUCUUUGCCUAUGUAGUCUUUUACUGUAGAUAUUACUGAUUACAUGGUUAUCGAUACAUUGGACUAUUAUUGUGUUUUAUGCUCAAUGAAACUAAAAUCUAUUCUGAGAUUGUAUUGAGGGAAUCUUUUGCCUUCUUAAAAAAUGAACCUUUCGCCAUGACAUUAUGUGGAAUGUUGACAAUAUGGAGUUUUGACACUUUUCAACAUAUUGUUAAUUUUGCUUUCUUUUUACUGGGCAAAAAUGACGAAAGUUAAAAGGGCGUUCCGCUGUUUACAACAUUUCAAACAUUAAGCUAUAAUCCAGAUCUCUAUUAAUAUCAAUCACUGUGAUAAGCGGUAAUUGCAUUGCCUUCUUUUAGUUACAUGAUGAUUAAGAUUAUUUGUACAUCUGGACUGUGAUAAAGGCUUGAUCUGACGGGUGUUUGUUUUAAACAGUAUCCAAUUAUAUAUAAAAGUGCAUUAAUCACUUUAUAUAAACCGAUGGUUAACACUAUGUAUAUAUACUAUUAUAAUGAUUCGCCUCACCAUCUGAUUAUACAAAUGAUAAUCCGUCCACUAAUGUCAUCCUAUAAAGAGGACUUCAAUUCAUAUAUUAAACUUGUUUUAGAGUAUAUUCAACGCAUCCAUUACCUUACAUUACAUAUCUUCAUCAAUAUCCCUUUCGUACAUCUUACAUUGCAUGUACGCUAGAUGUGGUUAUUUUUCCUUUUAUCAGCUGCAUUUUAUAAUCGAGACCUUCCUCGUUAUAUAUUAGUACACAUUGUAUUGUCGAGACCUUCCUCGUUAUAUAUUAGUACACAUUGUAUUGUCGAGACCUUCCUCGUUACAUAUUAGUACACAUUGUAUUGUCGAGACCUUCCCCGUUACAUAUUAGUACACAUUGUAUUGUCGAGACCUUCCUCGUUAUAUAUUAGUACACAUUUUAUUGUCGAGACCUUCCUCGUUAUAUAUUAGUACACAUUUUAUUGUCGAGACCUUCCUCGUUACAUAUUAGUACACAUUGUAUUGUCGAGACCAUCCUCGUUACAUAUUAGUACACAUUUUAUUGUCGAGACCUUCCCCGUUACAUAUUAGUACACAUUUUAUUGUCGAGACCUUCCUCGUUACAUAUUAGUACACAUUUUAUUGUCGAGACCUUCCUCGUUAUAUAUUAGUACACAUUUUAUUGUCGAGACCUUCCCCGUUACAUAUUAGUACACAUUGUAUUGUCGAGACCUUCCCCGUUACAUAUUAGUACACAUUGUAUUGUCGAGACCUUCCCCGUUACAUAUUAGUACACAUUGUAUUGUCGAGACCUUCCCCGUUACAUAUUAGUACACAUUUUAUUGUCGAGACCUUCCUCGUUACAUAUUAGUACACAUUUUAUUGUCGAGACCUUCCUCGUUAUAUAUUAGUACACAUUUUAUUGUCGAGACCUUCCCCGUUACAUAUUAGUACACAUUGUAUUGUCGAGACCUUCCCCGUUACAUAUUAGUACACAUUGUAUUGUCGAGACCUUCCUCGUUAUAUAUUAGUACACAUUGUAUUGUCGAGACCUUCCUCGUUACAUAUUAGUACACAUUUUAUUGUCGAGACCUUCCCCGUUACAUAUUAGUACACAUUUUAAUGUCGAGAUUUUCCCUGUCACUCGCAUAUUAGUACACAUUUUCUUGUCGAGAUAUUCCCUGUCACUCACAUAUUAGUACACAUUUUAUUGUCGGGACCUUCCCCGUCACACAUUUGUACACAUUUUGUUGUCGAUACACAUUUGUUGAUUUUUCCUUUCGUACUAUCGUAUUGAACUCAAAUGGUAUCAAGUUUGCUAAGCCUACGUAAUCCUGCACAAUUGUCCAAACUUAUUUACAAUCUGGGAAAUUGACCACUGCUUUUAUACCUAUUACAUGUGAAGGAUAUAGAAUUGGGUUGUACAUAUAUUUAGUAUAUAACAUAGCAUCGUAGAGUGAUACUGUUUAUGUCAAAUGGACGUUUAUGAGCGCUUCCGAUGACCAUUAAUUUUAAUUGGCUUAGUUUUCACAUUUGAAUUAAAAAAAUACACCAUAAGAACUGCUGAUAUUUUAGAACGGUCAUGUCGUUGUAAUAUUUUGUUAAUAGACGGUUUCGUAAUCUCCCUUUGUACACUUUGUGACAUCUAGCGACUGAUGACGUAUCUGAUAAUAUAUAACCAACUUUAAGUAUUUAAUUGACUGCGACAUAUUAACCUUCAUACGAACAAAUGUAUUCACUUUGAUCAUUAUUUGCAUCGUAAUCAAUUCUACUGUUAGAAAUGACAACUAUUCUCAGAAUCUUUUUGAGUUGCUGGAAUUGUCUAUCGUAAAACUGUAUUAUAAAAAAAGUUGUCUUUACUUCUUAGUAUCCAAAAUCAUAUCCCGAAACCAAAACCAUAUCCCGAAAUGAACUGUAUUAAGAAGCAUGAAUUUCGUUGAAUUCGUUAUCUAUUUAUCCAAUAUGUUAAGUGACUCAAAUGCAAUAUGAACUGUUAUAUGCUUGUACUUGAAAACGUGAUAAAUAAAACUAUGUAUACAGAU